AUGAAUAUUUUAAUGAUGGGUUCCUCGCUGGAUAAGCUAAUUGAUGCCUAUCCGGAAGACUUGGGAGAGGGUUUUAGUCUUAGCGAGGCAGAAAAGAUGGGAACUGCUGUAAAAUUUAAUCAUAGAGGAAAUUUAAUUGCCAUCGGAUGUGUUGAUGGAGCCUUGCGAGUGUAUGACUAUGAUACUCUCUCGCUAAUUUCACAUAUAACAAUGAUUGAAUCUUAUCCCAUUUCUGCAAUAGAAUGGUUUAAAGAUUAUAGAUAUAUUCUGGUGGCUUGUUCUACAAAGGUUUUUAUUUGUGAUAUAAUUGAACGUAGAUGUAUAAAGAAAAUUGAAAUGCCAACUCCACUGAUAAGAACCUACCUUUGUCCAUCUAAUGAGAGUUUAGUACUUUGUUGCACAGUUGAUAAUCCACCUUUUCUUGUAAAUUGGCAAACUGAUGAGAGGAGACAACUUCCAAUCAAACUUCAUGAAUACAAGGUAAAGAGAAAGGAUUGUGUCGGAGGACUUUUCACACCUUGUGGAAAAUAUAUAUUCAUCGGAAACACUGUUGGACAAAUAGUAGUUGUAAAUACAGAAACAUUAAGAGUUGUUCCAUUUCAAUCACAUCCAGUUGAUACACCAUUUCACAUUUCCGAAGAUGUCAAUAUUGAUUUGAAAUCAAAGCAAGUAGUAACUAAUAAGUUUUACUUUAUUGUACAGUUAGAAUUUUCAAAGAAUGGUGGGUAUAUUGCAGUGAAUACUAGAAUGGCCAUUCAUGUUUUUAAAGUCGAGUUUGAAAAGACAAGAAAUGGAGAGUUUGUGAACUUUACAAAAAUUAAGGAGUUUAAGAAUGCAAUUAUGCAUGAAAAUUAUACACUCUGCUCCUUCUUGAAUUCUACAACAGUACACAAUGAUUCAAGUUAUUUAUUAGCAACUAAUGGAAGCAAAGUACUAAUUUAUGAAUAUAUUAUUUAUGGUGAGCUUGUAAAAAUUCUAGAAUGUCCAUAUAAUGAAAAUAUAACUGCAUUAACGUGUCAUCCUCAAAAUUUCAAAUAUAUAAGACCUGUUGUUGUAACGGCAACCAUUGGAGCUAAUAUUUUAUUUUGGACUAAACACGUUGUGGAAAAUUGGAGUGCAUUCUCUCCAGAUUUUGAUGAAAUAGAUUGUAAUGAAAUGUAUAUUGAAAGAGAAAAUGAAUACGAUAACGAUUGUGAAAAUGAAUUCAAAACAGCUCUGUAUCCUUCGAAUUUAGAAGACGAAUCCCAAAUAAUAGACAUUUUUGCCAAACCUAGUGAUAUGAACACGUUUCAAGACGAAAAUUUUUACAUACCAACAGUCCCUUCACUUCCUGAAGAUGAUGAAAAAGUUGUUUUUGAAAAGAAACAAGUUACACCCAACCAAAAGAAGAAGAGACCUACAAAACCACCAACCAAAAAGAAGAAAACCAGUGCUAUUGAGGAUAGUGAUAGUGAUUAUGAAGAUGAUUAA